AUGCUGCGUUCGCGAGCUGACCACCAGAACGAUCGAACGGCACCCUUUCAGCCCCUGCCCGAUCUGCUCUCGACCGCCUCCUCGUCUGCGCAAUGGGGCCUGAAACCCGCCUUUGCGCCGAGCGCAGCAGUCGAGGGCUGGAAUAAGGACAUGGCCCGUCUGACCGAGCUGCCCGCGUUCGUUGCGGCAUUUAAGGCGUGCUGUGACGUGAAGCGUGAGUUUAUCUGUCCUCUUCUCUCCUUCUUCGACGGCUGUAGUGACGGGGCCAAGCUGACUCCAGGUGUCGGCGGCGAGCUGCCCUCUCCUCCUCCAGAAUCAGCGGAGAGCAAGGACUCCAAGGGGGAGGGACAGGUGUACUACCGGCCGUCGCGCGAGGUGAUUCUGAAGGUGCUCCGACGAAAGGUGACCCACGUAGCGUCCCAUUUCGAGGAAUUUGACCACCUCGUGCGCUCCCUGGGACGAGACGGCCUUCUCGGCGCGGACGCGGACGCCAAACUCGUCGAGGCCGCCAUCGACACGCUGGCAGCGUACCUGCCCACAUCUGUCGUGUCGGACCUGACCGACUCGUACGACCUCCUCCCGCUGAACGCAUACCUGGCCGACCGGGCCGCUGCUGCCGCCGCCGCUGCGGCGCCAAUAGUCAACGAGAAGAAGACUGCCUCAGGCGCAACGAAGCGGAAGGCGCAGCCUGGGAGUCGCGGCGUGGAGGCGCUGAAGAAGGUGAAUACAAGCGGUAUGGCCAAGAUGACGUCGUUCUUCAAGCCGAGGGAAGCUAAGGAGAAGAAGUAG